CACAACUUUCCGGCCCGCGCCGCCGCGAGCGCGCUCCGCCGCCGCCCCCUGCCUCUCCUCCCUGCGCCCUUCCCUCCCCCUUCGCCUCCUUUCUUGCUAGGUGCGGGAAGGAAGGAGCAAUUCAGGUGUUUCAACUUUUCAGUGCUUCAAGCUGAGCUCCCCGCUGUCGGGGCUGGGCUCCCUCCGCGGAGCCACCCUCGGCCGACUCCCCCGGGGCAGCGGCCCAGGGACCGAGGCCCCCUGAAGCCAGAGUCAAGAUGGGUAAAGGUGAUCCCAAGAAACCAAAGGGCAAGAUGUCUGCUUAUGCCUUCUUUGUGCAGACGUGCAGAGAGGAGCAUAAGAAGAAAAACCCCGAGGUCCCUGUCAAUUUUGCAGAAUUUUCCAAGAAAUGCUCCGAGAGGUGGAAGACAAUGUCUGGGAAAGAGAAGUCUAAAUUUGAUGAAAUGGCAAAGGCAGAUAAAGUGCGCUAUGAUCGGGAAAUGAAGGAUUACGGACCAGCUAAGGGAGGCAAGAAGAAGAAGGACCCGAAUGCACCCAAGAGGCCACCGUCUGGAUUUUUCCUGUUCUGUUCUGAAUUCCGCCCCAAGAUCAAAUCUACAAACCCUGGCAUCUCUAUUGGAGAUGUGGCAAAGAAGCUGGGCGAGAUGUGGAAUAACUUAAGUGACAGCGAGAAGCAGCCAUACAUCAACAAGGCAGCAAAGCUGAAGGAGAAAUACGAGAAGGAUGUCGCAGACUAUAAGUCUAAAGGGAAGUUUGAUGGUGCCAAGGGCCCCGCUAAAGUUGCCCGGAAAAAGGUGGAAGAGGAAGAUGAAGAGGACGAGGACGAGGACGAGGACGAGGACGAGGACGAGGAGGAUGAAUAAAAGGAACUGUUGGCCUGUC